UAGACGGCGCCAUAUUCGAACACAGGUCACAGUAUCAUAGCAACGGGUUUGUUUGUGUUUUUUCCCUAAAACCCGGUGAGACGAUUAAUAUUUCUUACAAAUCGAUGAACAGAGGUGAUGUACUCAACGAUGAGCCGCGUCGAACAUCUGACUGACCGUGUCGAAGCUUUACAACUCGACAGAAGAAAAAACAUUGAAAAGAAACGUCAAGAAAGGAUAUUCAACGACAGAGUUCGCACGAGCGGAGUUGACAGGGUAGCUAUUGACUAUCAGGUUAAAGAAAGAAGAGAGAAAGAGCAACGAGAAGCGGAUGAACGUGAAGCCUACGCGAAUGACCUCAUCUGUGAUGAUCGUGCCGCUUGUGUCCUGGAGCAGCGACAGAAGAAAGAUGAGCGCCUCCUGAAUGAAGCCAUCGUUCAGUUCAGACAACAGUUCCAACAGGCCAGCUGCAGACGCGAGUUUGACCUGAACGACCCAGAGCUGCUGAAGAAACAGGAGGGGAUGAAGAUACUACCAGAGCUGACAGGAGAGGAUUCAUCCAGUAAGGAGAGACAGAAAAAGCAGAAGGAGCAGCUCAGAGGAUGGUGCAUACAGCAGCAGCAAGAACGAGAACAAACAAAACAACAGCUAAAACAAGAACUGCAUCAGUAUGAUCAAAGCAGACUUUCUUUGGACAACCGAGCUGUUGAAUUGGAGAAGAUGGAGAAGCAAUUCAGGAGAGCGGCAACCACUGCCACCAAAGACUAUAACUUGUCAUUGGCUGCAGAAAUUGCACAAAGACGUUUGCAAGAGCAUCGUGAGGAGGAAGAAAACAACCGGACGGACAUUGUGAACCACCUGAACGGAGACCUGCUGACUGAAAACCCAGCACAGAGUGCUAGUGUGCUGGGUCCGUCUCGCCUCCGCAGGGACUGUUAUAAGGGAAUGAGCCCAAAAGAGCUUGAACAAUACACUCUCGACCAGCAGCAGCAGGCAGCAGAGAAGAAGCAAGCUUGCAUGGAGCAAAGGGAGAAGGAGAGGAAGGAGUAUAACUUGCGAAUGGCAUCAGCUCGUGCCGCACUGCUGCUUGAAAGACAACAGGAGCGGGCCAAUAAGGAGCUGCGUAGGGCAUUGGACAACACCAACGCCCAGCUGGCCCAGGCCCACAGUGCUCAAUCCGGCAUUACACUGACAAAACUUCCUGGUCCCUUGACAGUUAGUGGACCAGAGUGGGCUCAUCUAUCAGUGCAGCCUAGACUUUGAUCACACUUCAAACCUGAGGCCGGCUGUGGGGGAUUAACACAACCCCACUUUGCUUUUGAAGUGCCAUUCACCGACUCCGAUGGCAGAAAGGGGGAAUUAAUGUUUUGUACGUUCUUUGCUCCACGCAGCCAAAGUCUUAUGAAGCCAAACAUACACUACGACUCAAGCCUGUUGCCAUGUGCUUAAUACAGGAGCAUUACUUUUUAUGACACUCUGCCAUGGAUACUAAAUAAGACUAGGUGUGUGAAUUACCAUUUUCCCUGAAUUAAGUGAGAAUCAUAAAACUCAUUUGAACAAAGUCUUGCGCAAACUCAGAAUCUAGAAGGUGUAUAAAAUUUAAUGCACUGCUCUUUUCCGCUUUCUCAUGGUUGCUGGUUUUUGGUCAAGACUUUGUGCACAUCUGACAAAACGUCUAGAUAUCGAACAU